UUUCAUGCUUGCCUAGGUUGUAGUUUGUAGUUUAUUGAAUGAGAUAUUGUAGGUUUCUGUUUUGUUUUUUUUGGUUGUAGCUUAUAGUUUUUGUUGUCCACCCCAUGAGUAGGACGAAUUUAGAUUGUUCCCGGGUCUUCUCUUUAGAGGUCCCUUUGCAUUUUUUGUAUUGACUUUCUUCUAGAACUCUAUCAUGGGAGGAACCACGAUAGACCUUUAAGAGGAGAUGUUGUAAGUUAAUAUUUUGCUUUUUCAGGCUUGUCCAGGUUGUAGCUUGUAGUUUUUGCUGUCUCUCUGGUUGAUUUAACGGGUGGCUAUUAUGAUGCUGGUGACAAUGUAAAAUUCAACUUUCCAAUGUCCUUCUCAAUAACGAUGCUGGCAUGGAGUGUAAUAGAGUUCGGCGACUCCAUGGGCUCGGACCUGCAACAUGCAUUAGAUGCUGUGCGGUGGGGAACUGAUUAUUUAAUGAAAGCAACCAGUUUUCCCGACUUUAUAUACGUUCAAGUUGGUGAGCCUUAUAAUGACCACAACUGCUGGGAGAGGCCUGAAGAUAUGGACACAGCUAGAACCCCUUACGCCAUUAGCAAACAGUUCCCAGGCUCAGAAGUUGCUGCUGAGAUUGCAGCUGCACUUGCUGCCUCUUCCAUAGCCUUUCGAUACACUGAUUUUAGUUAUUCUGUGGACCUCAUCAGAAGGGCAAGAAGGGUUUUUGAUUUCGCAGAUCAGUACCGUGGAUUUUACAAUGACACUCUUCAGCCCUGGGUCUGCCCGUUUUAUUGUGACUUCAGUGGCUACCAGGAUGAAUUGCUCUGGGGAGCAGCAUGGUUGUAUAGGGCAACUUUGAAAUCUUUUUACUGGGACUAUGUUGUGAAGAACGCACACAAUCUAGGAAACUACAAUGAAUUUGGCUGGGACAACAAAAAUGCUGGCAUCAAUGUGCUUGUUACCAGGCUUAAGACCUCUAAUGCUGAUCUCUUCAUUGAAAAUGCUGAUAAGUUUGCUUGUUCCCUGUUGCCUGAAUCACCUGCAAGGUCAGUCGAGUAUUCACCAGGUGGACUUAUGUUUAAAGAUGGAGGAAGCAAUUUACAGCAUGCCACAGCGUUAUCCUUUCUGGUUCUUGUUUACAGUCGCUAUUUAGAAGAAUCAAAAAGAGAGGUUUCUUGCACUUGUAGCCUUAAAGCUGACAAGAAUAGGUUCAUACAACUGGCAAAAAGCCAGGUGGAUUAUAUACUUGGAAGCAACCCACUGGGGCUGUCAUACAUGGUUGGAUAUUCGGGUAAUUUCCCUCAGAGAAUCCAUCAUCGGGCUUCAACUUUACCUUCCAUUGAUAAACAUCCAGAUUUCAUUGACUGUAAUGGUGGAAAAGCAUACUCUGACAGCAACAAUCCUAAUGCCAACGAGCUAACUGGGGCUGUUGUUGGAGGACCUUUUAAGAAUGAUACAUAUCCUGAUGAUCGAGUAAAUUUUCCUCAAUCAGAGCCCACCACAUACAUUAAUGCACCUUUUGUGGGCGUUUUGGCUUUCUUCAAAUCACAUUCAUCUAGUUAGUACAGAAGCUUUAGCAGAUUUAGCUCCAUUGGUAAUGUAAAGCUUAGUUCUAAGUUUAUAUAGAUCGUAUGGAUAAAUAAAUUUGUUAGUUAUUCUCA